GGCUGGAAGAGCCGGGACAGCAGGAAAAGCCCAGGAGAAGCCCUAAAGCCGGCAGCGCAGAGCCGCGGUCAUGGGCAGCCACCCCGGCGUGCUGCUGGCGCUCGCCCUCUGCGCCCUGCUGGAAGCCGGUCUGGGCCAUCCCCCGGCCGAGUCGCACCUGGCCGCGCCGCCGAGGAGCAAGCGAUGUUCCUGCAACAGCUGGCUGGAUAAGGAAUGCAUCUACUUCUGUCACCUGGACAUCAUCUGGGUCAACACACCUGGGCACACCGCUCCCUACGGCUUGGGCAGCCCGCCAAGGCGGCGCAAGAGGUCGGCGGGCAGGUGCGAGUGCCGGCACUCCAGGGACAGCUUCUGUGCCACCUUCUGCCAGGGCAGGCCUGGGUACCUCCAGAGUCUGAAGCUCCCCAUGAGCUCCGGAGCAUCAGCGAGGUCUCUGCAGAGCGGUGCCACGAGGCCUCCCCACCACGGGCUGCUGAGAGCUCUCAGGGACCUCAGGGCCUCCAGCCCGCGCUCCAGCCACCGCCAGCAGCGCUCCCGGAGGGACACACAGCCACCGGCUCUGCCCUGGGAAAAAAACACCUGGAGGAAGAAGAGAUAAGAGGCAGGUGCACACCAAGCUCACCAGAAGAAUUGGGAGUCCUGUGGGUGCCACCAGCUCCGCUGCUGGCUGUUGGAGCUGAAGGGAAGGCCGUGAGCGGAAGGAAGUGGAAGUCUCCGUGCUCCUGCUGCGUGAUCCGGCACUCGAGGGACUGCUGUAAAGGGAAAAACUCUCUCCAUACAGCCAGAGAAGUGUCCUGGAGCUGAAUUGUGCCUUUCUGGAUCAGGCAAGGGUCGUGCUGGAGCAGCACCAGCCAGACCCUGCCCUGGAGCCUCGGCAGGGGCUCAGCCCACGUGUGGUGGGUGAACUGGGGGGCUCUGGGCAGUGCUGGACCCAGCCCAUGUGUGGUGGGUGAACUGGGGGGCUCUGGGCAGUGCUGGACCCAGCCCAUCGCUGGCCUGGGCUGCUCUGCCUCGGAGCUGGCCCCGUCCAGAGGGGUUUGGCUGCUCACUGUGGUCAGGGAAGAGCUGCCCCCAGCCCGAGCCCACCUUUGCACUAUUCUGUCAGUCAGUGCCUGUGGAUGAAGCUGCUGUGGUGGAACAGCUCUCAGUUUGUAUUAAAAGUUUAUUUCAUCGUCACCUGGAGCCAGCUGAGCAGUCAAGGGCGCUCACUGGCUGAGAAAUCACUGGGGUGGAUUUCCACUGAGGUCCUGGCUGAGGUGGAGGAUCAGUUAGCCCAGGGAGGGCAGCAAAGCCAGGUGUGGCUGCUGUGGGGCUGGCUUUGAGCAGGGCUUGAGCCUGGUCUGGGUCUGUGACCCCAUCUCUUCUCCUUGGACAUCCCCUCAGUGAGGAUUUCCAGCUCCUGAAUACCCCAGCUCUGCCUGAAGGGAAGGGCUGGGGCAGAGAGGGGUGGUGAGGAGAGGGCAGCAAAGCCUGGCUUGCUGCUUGGCUUAGGGCAGCUCUGAGUCAGGCUCUGGGCAGUAAAUGACCACCCAGGGGUGUCAGGUCACCGUGGGAAGGGGAACCUGGGUGGGGAAUGCAUCAGGUGAGGGGCAGCCAGGUAGGGAUGGUGUGGAGGGAAGGACUGGUGGGAACAGGGCUGGAGCUGGGUGAUCUUUAAGGUCCAUUCCAACCCAAACCCCGCCGUGAUUCUGUAAGAGAGCACAGCCCUGUCUGAGCUUAGGCUCGGGUUUUAACCCAGAUCUGCUGGCUCAGGGGAGAGAAAGAAAAAUUUGGGAAAACCACUGAGCCCAGGGCCUAGAAACCAACCUUGCAGGCAAGGGCAGCCUCAUGGCUCCGGAGCUGUGCCACAAAUGCACUUUUGUCUGCCUGGGCAGAGCUCUACAGGAACCCAGGGCUGCACCUGGGCAGGUGGAGAGCUGCUCUCCACUGCUGGGUCCUCUGCUGCCCACGCCAGGACUGCACAGGAGCUUUGGAAAGGCUGCUUGAAGUUGGUGGUGGACCAAAAUCUGUGGCUGUUGCAUGUGUAGUCCCAAUGGACAAGAAAAAGAAUUCCUUGAUUUUGCUUUAAGCCCUGGAGAGGGGAAAAAUAAGACCAAUUGAUUGUAUUGUGAAUCAAACGGCAGAUUAAUCAUUUGGUCCCCAAAGCUGCAGAGAAUCUGUUUUUAUCUUUGACCUUCUGAAGGUUGGAGUCACUCUAAAAAAACCGAAAGAAGAAAAUCCUGAAAGGGUUUGUUCCAGAGGAAAUUUUGCACAUGGUUUAAUGUGAGUAAUUUAAAAUAAAACUUCUGCUGUAAAGUACUCUGUCAAUCUCCUCGUGUGUGUAAUGUCCCAGCCUGAAGUGACUUAUUGCACACCUGCCAUAUGUAGCAUCCUGAAAUCUGUAUAUUUAUUUAAAUCUAUUGAUUUUUUUUCUUAGACAGUGAUUUUCAAGAUGUAAUUUGUAAUAAAUA